UCCCGACGCAUGCGCAGUAGAGGCAGCAUGGUCACAAAGAGGUUAUUGUUGCAUGUUGUUGUCUGCAUACAUAGGGAAUAGCACGAAAAUAGAGUAUAGAAACAAUAUGCAAAUAAGCAUAUUAGUUCUAUUGACCCUAUGGUCGUCACUGACAGCUGCACAGAUCCCCUCAGGCUGCGAGUGCCCACUGGAUUGCGUCUGUAGUGUGUCCAGUGGAAGCAUCGACUGCUCAGAAGCAGAUCUCAGAUUUGUACCAGUGGAGGUGAACUCUUGUGAAUGGCCUGGAAUCACUACACUGGACUUGAGUGGCAAUUUCAUAGGGACUGUGCACAGCUAUGCCUUUUCUCAGUUGGUCAACAUCACAAGCCUAUACUUGUAUGAUAACCAGAUUUCACAGAUUGAGGAUAAUGCGUUUGUUGGACUGGAGUCACUGGAAUUAUUGUUCCUCGAUGGUAACAGGAUUGAGUCACUCUCACGUCUUGUGUUUAGAUCACUCAGGAAACUGACCAAACUGCUGCUCUAUUCCAACCUUUUGACUAAUCUUCCGUACGGCAUCUUCAGCGAACAGAAAGCCUUGACGCAAUUGGCUCUAUAUGACAACAGACUGAGCAGCCUACGCACUGAAGUAUUCGAUGAUGUCACUACAUUGGAGGAACUCUAUCUCCACGAGAACCUCAUCAGUGAUCUCUCCCAUGCUCCAUUUCGUAGUCUAGUGCGACUGCGACUCCUGUACCUCAAUGACAAUCGGCUAAGCUUUAUAUCCAGAUUCUCUUUCCUUGGGCUGGCCAAGCUCUAUCUCCUGAUCCUUAGCCGGAACACCAUAUCAGUGAUUGAGAACGAUACGUUCAACCCAACAGGGAGCCUACAAUACCUGUAUUUGGAGAGUAACGGACUUACGUAUGUCAAUAGACUUAUGUUUGCUGGCCCAACGCAGCUUAUCUCCCUGCAUUUGUACGCGAAUGAGAUCACUCGAAUAUCAGAUGGAGCGUUCUUUAGACUCAACAAGCUGCAAAAAUUGUCACUGCAUAGCAACCAUAUCAGCAAUAUCCGUAAAGAAACGUUUGUUGGAAUGGACUCGCUACAAGAUCUUGUUCUCUAUAACAACCAACUUCGCAACCUCACUCGUGACUCCUUCGCUCAGCUGACUAACCUGCAAAGAUUGUGGCUGUAUGGGAACCUGAUAACGUGUAUGGAACCAAGCACUUUCAAGGGACUCAAAAAUCUGCAAACAUUGCAGCUGUCGUCCAAUCGGAUAUCGUACAUCCCCGACGAGCUGUUCCAGCACACACCCAACCUUCUCUACUUAUUUCUGUAUGACAACGACAUUGCUAGCGUUGGCAACACGCCCUUCAAACACUUGCCUCGUCUAGUACAAUUGUCAGUGUACUUUAACCCCAUCGAAUAUAUGGCAGCUGGUGCUUUGGACGGAACAAACAGCCUCUACUAUCUACAAUGGAGUGACUUUGGUGAGGACAACCACCUGGUGUGUGACUGUAGUGCCCUCUGGCUGUACGAGUGGAUGAUUGCCCGCCCCCUGCAAAGCAGUGUCGUGUGUGCAGAGCCAGCUCAGUAUAAUGGUGUGGACCUCAGGGCACUGCAGAGGGCAAGCUUCGGGUGCAGUGGUGCUGUAUUGAGUGUAGACGUGGGACCGGACUGUGACUACCACGUUGUUCCUCGUGGUGGGUGUCUGCGGCUCACAUGCUCCUCAUCUCCACGGGGGGUCGUUGUCUGGUCACGCCUGGACGGAGAUGAGAUUCGUAGGAAGCCCAACACAUGCUCGAGUAACCCCGCCCCCUCCACCUGCUCUCAGGGGGGCGGUGGUGAUGGUGUGCUGAUAGUGGAGGGUGUGGAGAGUGAGGACGGUGGAUACUACCUCUGUACGGCACAGUUCCACAACAUCACACGUUCACAGAUCUGCCGAGUGAUUAUCGGAGAGCCCCCUACGGUGGACCGCCCCCCUGCAAGCGUGGUCUUAGUGUCCCCUGGUCCAGCUGUUUCCUUCUCCCUCUCUUUCUCCGGCAGUCCUCGUCCCACUGUGACCUGGUACAGGGUCUCCCCUAUGGGAAGUAGUCGACUGCUCAGUGAGGAGGGGUCCCAGUCAAGAUACUUUGUGAGUGGUGAAGGUUCGCUAGUGAUACGACAGACAGUUGUUGAGGAUCAAGGAACGUACAGGGCGGAGGUCAGGAACGGUGCGGGACUAGUCAGUGUGGUGGCACAACUAUCCUUCUAUUAUCCGAACAGCUGUCGUCGGGACUGUUUGAAUGGAGGGCAGUGUGUGCAGCUGCCUGUAUGCUCAUGCCCCGAGGGCUACUUUGGUCGACAGUGUGAGGAGAAUACAGAGACAGAUUUGCCAACUGAGGCCCCUCCCACAACCACACCCCCUGUCACUACCACUGAGGAUGAUGCUAGCGGCUCUGGAGGUUUUGAGGACUUCAUCGAUUAUGACGAUUAUGAUAACUCAACAAGUGGAGAUGGAGAUGGAGGCAAUAAAGGAAUGGAGAAUGUAAAUGGAUUGAUUGAUGACGAGGACUAUGGUGGAGAGGAAAUGGGUGGGGCAAUGGGUGGGGCCACACAGACAAGACGCAAGAGAGAGGAUGAAACAAAUGAAGAGCUGCUUACUGUGUCCCACAAGCCGAGGUCAAAGUUGUCGGACGCUAGUGCUCAGUACGAGUAUCACGAGACCUUUGACCCUUAUCAGAACAUUCCUAAGAGUAAAUGAAUUAAAUAACUCGUCUUUUGUGCUGCCAUUAUAUAUAUAAUUAUAUAAAUGUAUAAUUAUUAUGGGACAUGUGUUCGAACAAUAAUAUUUUUGUAUAAUUAUACAACACUUGGGUCUCAAUGAACAUUGUUGAUAUUAUUUA